GAAAAGAACUUCAAACAAACUAGUGAACAGCAAGCGGGAGUUAUAUGAUACGGUGUGCAUAUAUCUGUUGCUAUAAAAUUUUGGUUCAAUAGGACAAUUGAAUUUAUUUAGCUGUAAUACGAUUAAAUGGAGGUGUUCCGCAUUACUUCCAUUUAAGUACAGAAUACAGAAAAAUUGAGUUGCAAAUGAAGUUUGAAUUCAUGAGAAGUGUAUAAACUAGUCGUGUUUGAGCAAGUGAAUCAUGGUGGUCAACCCAAACAAUUAUUGAAAUUUGGAUUAUUCACAUUGUCUUAUCUGCAAGGGGUGAGCUGACAUGGAUUGAAUUUAUAAGAUUGCACUGAGUUCUAUAAAACAAUAGUUAACGAUUGUGACAGAAAAAAAGAAAAGUGUUUUUCAUUUCGACUCCAUUGAUGUGAUUUUCUUUUUAUCGGUGAAUAUUGUGCUCUCUACUCUAUAAGCUCUUUCUGGAACCGCAGAGCCGCAAUACAAAUAAUAAAAUUAAAUAAAUAAUGUGUAUAAAGUAGGAAAUGUACCAACAGUUGUGCGAAUCCAAGCGGACCGAAUCGAGAGAACAAUUGAUAUAAACAUUGAAAAAUAAUGCAUUAAUUAGCUAGGACGUAUCGCUUUAAAAUUCAUCUUAUGUUAUGAAACAUGCGGUUUAUAAUUUGGUUUCUUCUGGCAUUUACGCUAAAUUACGUGACGUCCAUAGGAAGCGUUAAUACUCAGACUAGACAAAUUAGGACUAUCAGUACAACAAGUGAUACUAGUCACAGCAGUACAGAAAUAUUGUUUGCUCGUUCAUCGCUUAAUACUGCACUCGUUAACUCAUCGCCAGUUCUAUUGAAUAAUCAAGAGGAUAUUUUGGAACGCAGUGACGGUGUAAUUGACGGAUUUACAUCGGCGAGUUUAAAAUCAGCAAUUUCUGGUAGCAGCGGAGGAAAUUCUCCAUCAUUGCUUGCUUCACCGCAGUCAACACAGUUCGAUGGUGAAGAAGUUGGGGAUUUUAAUGAGAGGAGUCCUGUCGAUGCCAAAAACUAUAGCAACAUCAUAACGAGUGUUAUUCACUUCGAUACACCUUUAAAUCAUUUGGUUGUUGAUACAUUCACUGGGCGAGUGUUUGUGGGUGGCGUUAAUUAUUUAUAUCAACUUUCACCCGAGUUAGAAUUGCACGAAACGGUAAAAACAGGUCCCAAAAAUGACUCGGUUGAAUGUACAGUCCUAGACUGCCCAGCUCAUGCAAUACGAAAGCCUGCAGAUAACUACAACAAAGUGCUGCUAAUUGAUCGUGCAACCUCGCGGCUGAUAGCGUGUGGAUCCUUAUUUCAAGGAACAUGUACCGUACGUAAUUUACAAAACGUUAGUAUUGUGGAACAAGAUGUACCAGAUGCUGUUGUUGCGAAUGAUGCAAACUCUUCCACUGUGGCAUUCAUAGCUCCGGGGCCACCACAACCUCCCAUCACUAAUGUCAUGUAUGUCGGUGUCACUUACACUAAUAAUUCACCAUAUCGAAGCGAAAUUCCAGCUGUUGCAUCACGUUCUCUAGAAAAACCCAAAAUUUUCCAAAUCGCGUCAUCAGCAGUGACAACAGGAACCCGCACCUUCAUAAAUUCGUAUGCUCGGGAGGGCUAUUUAAUCAAUUACGUUUAUGGGUUCAGCUCAGAGCGAUUUUCAUAUUUUUUAACUACUCAAUUGAAACAUAAUUAUCAUUCCUCUCCUAAGGAAUAUAUAACGAAACUUGUACGCAUCUGCCAGGAGGAUUCGAAUUAUUAUUCAUACACAGAAAUCCCAAUUGACUGUAUAACUGGCGGAACUAAAUAUAAUCUGGUUCAAGCUGGAUAUUUAGGUAAACCAAGUGCGGAUCUAGCCGGAAGUCUGGGUAUAACAGUCCAAGAUGACGUUUUGUACGGAGCAUUCAGUGUUGGAAAUGGAAAUUUGUCUACUGACAAUUCAGCCCUGUGCAUUUAUUCCUUGAAAUCCAUACGUCGAAAAUUUAUGCAGAAUAUCAAGUCUUGUUUUAACGGUGUGGGAUCUCGAGGCUUGGGAUUUAUAUCGCCAAACAUGCCAUGUGUACCGACGAAAUUGCAAACGAUAGGAGAGGAUUUUUGCGGCCUCGACGUAAACUCGCCAUUGGGAGGUGAACAACCCAUUACUGUCGUACCGGUUGCAAUGUUUAAUACUCGACUCACAGCGGUUGCUGCCACAAGCACCAGUGGUUAUACAGUUGUAUUCAUUGGUACAGCAAAUGGAUAUUUAAAAAAAGUAGUCGUUGAAUCGGCAGAUUCUGCGAAUGAGUAUGACAAUAUACCAAUAAAAAUGGGUUCACCUAUUAAUUCGGAUAUGCAUUUCGAUAGUCGGAAUUUGUACAUUUACGUUAUGUCGCGUAAUGAAGUAGCGAAAGUAAAGGUGUUUCAUUGCUCCGAUUACAGUACAUGUGGUGAAUGUUUGGGCGCACGCGAUCCAUAUUGUGGCUGGUGUUCGCUUGAAAAUAAAUGCAGUCCACGUUCUAGUUGCGAAGAUGAUGCAAACGAUCCUUUAUACUGGGUUAGUUAUAAGACUGGAAAAUGCACAACAAUAACAAGUGUUGUACCACACCAAUUGCAGCGAACCACGGCAAGAACUCUAGAGCUAAUUAUCGACCAUUUGCCGCAACUGAAAGAAAAUCUCGUAUGUGCAUUUACUACUGAAGAGAAAGCGCUAUUUACGAAUGCGACAAAAAAGCGCAAUGGUGUGAAUUGUACAACUCCACGUACCGAUAUGCUGCCACAAAUAGAACAGGGUAAACACCAUUUCACAGCCAAGUUAUCCGUUCGAACGAAGGAUGGGCCCGAUCUUGUUUCUACUGAUUUUACAUUUUUUGACUGUAGCACCCAUUCGUCAUGUACGAGAUGCGUUUCUUCUGAAUUUCCAUGUGAUUGGUGUGUAGAAGCUCAUCGCUGCACACAUGACACUGCAGAAAAUUGUCGGAAUGAUAUUCUAGUUACUGGUGUAAGUCGCAUCGGACCGAGUUAUCGCUCAGGUCCUGGAUUUUGUCCAACAAUUAAUGCUACUGGUGAAGGGAGUGAAAUGUUGGUUGCUGCUGGAACUAGUAAGUCUAUUAAAGUGAAGGUGCACAUAAUAGGUCAAUUCAUCGUUCAAACGCGUUUUGUAUGUCAGUUUAACAUCGAAGGCCGUGUCACUAGUUUGAACGCCCAACUCUUGGGAGAUACCAUAUAUUGCGACACUAUGGAGUUUCAGUAUACUUCGCGUUCACCUAAUUUGACUGCAACGUUUGCUGUAAUCUGGGGUGGCUCGAAACCCCUCGAUAAUCCGCACGAUAUUCAUGUUGUGAUAUAUAGGUGUCGGGAUAUGGCUGAUAGCUGUGGCAUGUGUUUAGCUUUGGCUGAAAAAUACAAUUGUGGUUGGUGUUCAUCUACAAAUACGUGCGAAGUAGAAGAACAAUGUAAUAAAAAUAACGAAGGGAAAACUGAUUGGCUGAAUCGUAUGGAAACUUGCCCGAAUCCCGAAAUUCAUUCAUUUUAUCCAAAAACUGGCCCAUGGGAAGGGGGUACUAAUAUUACAAUACGUGGAAUUAAUUUAGGCAAAAACUUCACUGAUAUUUAUUCGGGUGUACGUAUAGCUGGUAUCAAUUGUAUGCCAUUCCAACAGUACUAUAUUGCUACUAAGGAAAUUAGGUGUAAUGUGGAUAGUCCCGGAGUUCAAUUAUAUCGAAAUGGUCGUAUUGUUGUCCAAAUUGGAGAUUACCGCGGCGAAUCCAAGGAAGAUUAUGAGUUUGUGGAUCCAAAAAUCACAAAUUUUUCACCUCAAUAUGGCCCUGUUUCUGGGGGCACGCAUGUACGAAUAAUUGGGAAAUAUUUGAAUGCGGGAUCACGAAUCCAAGCAUUUAUAAAUGAGCAUUUGCCGUGCGAAAUAUUGAGCGUAGAUGUCACACAGGCUAUAUGCCGCACUGCACCUUCACCAGGUAUUAUUGAAGGGCGCCUUAAAAUUUUAUUUGACAACGGACAACGCGAAUUCAAUGAAUACAACUUUAAGUACGUCCUUGAUCCUUCAAUUGAACAGGUAUCGUCAGGGCCAAGUGGUCAGCUCAAAGUGCCACGGGGCAUACCGGCUGGUGGCAUUGAAAUCACAGUGACCGGAACCCAGUUUAAUUAUAUUCAGAGUCCAAGAAUGUAUGUUUAUUAUAAAAGUAAAAUAUUUUAUAGCCAAUGCAAGGUUGAAUCAGCGACAGAGAUGAUAUGUUAUUCCCCUGUCAUUGAAACUGAUAACGAUAUACUUGAUGCAGAGAAUCCAGAGCUACUUGAAUAUGGGUUCCUCAUGGACAGCGUUUUACGUGUCCAAAAUCUCUCUAGUACUCACAAAAAUAAUUUUGAGCUUUAUCCAAAUCCUUUGUAUUAUAACUUCGAAGAGCAUAUCAAAUAUUAUAAAAGCGAGUAUUUAACAAUAAAUGGCCGCAAUUUGGACCGUGCAUGCAAGGAAACUGAUGUAGUUGUACGCAUUGGCAAAGGUAUUUGCAACAUAACUUCAUUGUCACGUCAACAAUUAACGUGCCGUCCACCACCGGAAUCAGCGACAGAAUCGGGCCCAGGCCCGGAAGUUAUUGUUCGUGUUGGACAAUCUCUGGAAUAUCGUAUUGGAGUUUUGAGCUAUGCAUCGCCUAAUUUAAUCCAUGAUUUAAGCAAAAACGUACUGCUGGUGAUUGGAGUCUGCACCGUCCUUAUACUUAUAAUUUUUGUCGCUCUUCUUGUUGCAUAUAAAAAAAAAACUUCUGAAUCGAAUCGUGUUUUGCGAAACAUGCAGGAACAAAUGGAUAUAUUGGAACUUAGAGUUGCUGCUGAAUGCAAAGAAGCUUUUGCUGAGCUGCAAACUGAAAUGACCGAUUUAACAGGCGAUCUUACAUCCGGUGGUAUACCAUUUUUAGAUUAUCGUACAUAUGCCAUGAAAAUUCUUUUUCCAAAUCACGAAGAUCACAUUGUGUUACAGUGGGAGCGGCCUGAAUUAUUACGCAAAGAAAAAGGCUUACGUCUCUUUGGGCAACUUAUAAUGAAUAAAACAUUUUUACUACUCUUCAUUCGAACACUAGAAUCGAAUCGCUACUUUUCCAUGCGUGAGCGCGUCAAUGUGGCUUCACUUAUUAUGGUAACACUUCAAUCAAAACUAGAAUAUUGUACUGAUAUUCUUAAGACAUUGCUUGGUGAUUUAAUUGAAAAAUGUAUAGAGGGUAAAAGUCAUCCAAAACUACUACUACGUCGUACCGAAAGUGUUGCAGAAAAAAUGCUCAGUGCAUGGUUUACUUUCUUACUAUAUAAGUUCUUAAAAGAAUGUGCCGGAGAGCCUCUAUAUAUGCUGUUCAGGGCAGUAAAGGGUCAAGUAGAUAAAGGUCCUGUUGAUGCGUGCACACAUGAAGCUCGUUACUCACUUAGUGAAGAAAAGCUUAUACGACAACUCAUCGAUUUUCGGCCAAUGACUGUAUAUGCAAGUAUUAUUCAACAGCCGAUAUUCUGUAAUAGUAUAGACAUGAUGCCAACUCACACCGAAAAUGUACCGGUAAAAGUUCUCGAUUGCGAUACAAUUGGCCAAGUUAAAGAAAAAUGCUUGGAUACAAUAUAUCGCAACAUUCCUUGGAGUCAGCGACCGCGUAAGGAUGAUCUUGAUUUAGAAUGGCGAACUGGAGCUAGUGGUCGUGUCAUUUUAUAUGAUGAAGAUACCACAUCGAAAACAGAAAGCGAAUGGAAGAAACUGAAUACAUUACAGCACUAUAAUGUUCCUGAUGGAGCCGGCCUGAGUUUAGUUCCAAAGCAAAGUUCGAAUUAUAACUUUUCAAUACUUUCUGACAAAAAUGAGAAAUGUCACAAAUAUGAAACAUUGAAUUUAUCGAAAUAUACAUCUUCCUCACCAACGUUUAGCCGAGCCGGAAGUCCACUAAAUAAUGAUUUACACGAGAAUGGUAUAAAAUUUUGGCAUUUGGUAAAGCACCAUGAUAGCGAUAUUCAAAAAGAAGGCGAGCGUGUAAAUAAGCUAGUGUCGGAGAUAUAUUUGACCCGUCUGCUUGCAACCAAAGGAACUUUACAAAAAUUUGUUGAUGAUCUCUUUGAGACAAUUUUUAGCACAGCUCACCGAGGCUCAGCUUUACCAUUGGCGAUCAAAUAUAUGUUUGAUUUUUUGGACGAUCAAGCGCUGUUACAUGGAAUAACUGAUCACGAAGUUGUGCACACAUGGAAAAGCAAUAGUUUGCCUUUAAGAUUUUGGGUUAAUUUAAUAAAGAAUCCAAACUUUGUGUUUGACAUACACAAGUCAAAUAUAGUUGAUUCCUGUUUAUCGGUUGUCGCUCAAACAUUUAUGGACUCGUGCUCUACGUCAGACCAUCGCUUAGGAAAAGAUUCGCCGAGCUCGAAAUUGCUGUACGCAAAAGACAUACCUGAAUAUCGCAAAUGGGUUGAAAGGUAUUAUCGUGAUAUAAGAGAAAUGUCUUCAAUCUCCGAUCAGGACAUGAAUGCUAUGUUAGCCGAAGAAUCGAGACUGCAUACUACGGAGUUCAAUACGAAUUGUGCCCUCCAUGAACUAUAUACCUACGCGGUAAAAUAUAAUGAACAAUUAACAGUAACAUUGGAAGAAGAUGAGUUUUCACAAAAACAACGCCUUGCCUUUAAGUUAGAGCAAGUUCAUAACAUGAUGUCAGGAGAAUAGAGAUUGCAAAGUUUUCCAUUAAUCGAAUGCAGUAUGCAAUAUGAUCUUUUUUAAGUGCCCUCAAUUCAUUCUAAACAUUAGCAAAAAUUCGCAAUAUCAUUACUCAGAUUAAACAAAAUCAGUGAAGACAACAUCUUAAUAAACUGUCAAAAUUCUUUGAUUGAAUGCUUCAUUCAAUUGCACAACAAUUAAAAUAUUUUUAUAAACCAAACAAUAUUAAUACUUCGAUACUGCCGAUGGGAAGGAAAAACAAUUAUGAUAUAUUUGGCAUCAUAAUGUCAACAAAUGCCUGAAAAUAUUUUUCUUUUAUCUAGGUGUAUUGUACAUAAAGUGUCUAAAGUUCAUGUCGUCUUCAAGUAUAUUGAUUUCUUUUUUGUAGAAUAGAAACAAAACACGUAUUUUCUAUUAUCAAUACCAACCCAAUGGCAACCCUUUACUAAUUUAUUGGUGUCGGCUACCAAUACUUUUGAUUACGAAAGUACACUAAAUAAUUAAAGCAAAAAACGGUCAGUGUGGCGUGGUUUUGAUUUUUAACUUACAAAAUUUAUAUUUAUUAAUGCUUUUUACAAAUCCAUGUGUUCAAACACGUAACAAUCUAAAAUAAAAUCAUCGUUGUCUAUUUUUCAAUCGUGGUUGCGAAUAAAGCAUUUUAUAAGUUCUCAAAAAGUCAUGAAUAGUUAUAUUUAAUAAAUAUAAGAAAAUUUUGAAUAUCGAUGCGGAUGUUAACGUACACAGUUAUUGCGAACAUGCUACUUCGGGUAAAUGUCUCUAUAUUAAUGAUGAUACUCACUAGCGCUGCUGCUAAGUAUUUCUAUAGUCCCUUUAGGUUUUUCCAUCCCUUUGACCAUUCCCCACAGAUUUAAUUGCAUAACCACGUACACGAAAAAUUAACAUAGCAGAUAUAAGGUCAUAAAAACGAACAUAAACGUAAAAAAUACAAAAUGACUGAUUUUUAUAUAAAAUAUAAAGUAAAAUAAAUUUUUAUAUUAUACAAAUCAUUUAGCUUAACAAUAUUUAGGUAAAAUAAAAAUAAAACAUCCAAAAACAGUUACGGAUUAAAUACAAGUAGGAGUUUGUUUGUUUUGAUUUUGUUAUUCUUCGAAAAAUUUAAGGAAUGUGUUAUUUUAUAAUUAUAGUAAUAACUGUAUCUGUAAUCGGUUAUAAUGAAAUUUGUGAAUGUGAACGUAAUAUAAUCCGUAAUUAGGAAAAUAAGAGCUGCAUCAAUUUACUCCAAAUUCCAUAGAAAGUUACAUUUUGUUUCGAUUCUUAUGUAACAAAAGGUUAAAUGUAUACAUUAGACAGGCGUAAAAUAAAAGUUAUGUGUGUACAUUAUAUAAGUACAAAUAUAAUAUGAAUACAGCGCAUACUCAUAGUCAGAUAAGUUUUGGAAAAAUAUCUGUAAAUAUGUCCUUCGAAAGUUAUUCGAAUUAUUUAUAUUGUAUUCUUCAUCUGUUAGUCAAGGAAUAACAUAUGUAUGUUCAAAUAAUGAAGAGAAUAGACAUGAGAUAUGAUGUUUUGGUUAUAAUACUUCACAUUAUGGACGGUUUUGUUCUUGUUUUAUAACAAAACGCUAAUUUCGUCUAUUGUAUGACAUUUCUUCAUAUGAAAGUAUGAAAAUACAGUUUAGGAAUAAUUUCAUUACAUAGUUUAUUGGGUUUGUAUUGUAUAUUAAAUAUUAUUUAUAAUUAUUCAAAGUUCUAAUUAUGAUAAUUUUUAAUUUCCUAUAUUUUAAUUCAACCACUUAACAGUUUUUUGUAUC